UGGCGCGUCGCAGUACUUAUUCAAUGCAGAAGCGCCCUUUUUUGUUGCACUAACGACGUGUGAGAACCGCUACGAUGAACAACGUUGCUCUUGGUAUUGUGGCCGGACUCUGUCUUCUCGCGCUUCCGCGGUACAUAGUAUGUCCAUUCCACAACGUCAUCUUCAACGACCUGCUUCUGAUGCUUAACACGACUUUAAAGAUAUACAUAUAUUCACUGGAUACCGCAAGCAAACCAUGCCCGUAUUACGUACAAGAUUUUUUGAACACGACAUACUACGUAUUCAAUCUUACUACAGAGGAUAAGUGCCAACCAUAUACAAGGACUCUUAGUGCGGACCUGGGUAACGAUACGCAAGCGGAAUUACCGUACAUGGAUAUAAAGAACUGGGAAGGAAACGAAACUUUGAGAAAACUUCUCAAGUAUUACAAUGAUGAGGAAAAGUGUGGUGUAGUUUGGUACAGACGAAACGGAACGAGCCACUACGAACUGCAUGUACGAGAGAACAAAUUCCUGAUAAUGAAUGGAAAGAAAGUUUUCUACAACUGUUUCUCUGUUUACAGCGCCUAUAUUUCGCAAUUGAAUAGCCUUACUUUAGAGUGCACACAUGGAUGCUAAUAGAACAAGAAUUUUCUGUCAUAUAAUGAGCGAGAUUUCAAGAUGAUAAUAAACUCAACGUGUAACGAUC